AAAGAUUCUCCAGCAACCCUUCUCAAACUUUUUCACGUUAACGAUGUAACUUCCUAGAUUCGAAUCACGUUAGGUGCGAAUCUUCUAACGUAUUAUCCGGGUAUCAGUGGCGGAUUUGACGGGGGGUAGCAACAAGUAUCAUUUCCGGUCGAUGUACGUAUCGAAAUGAUUUCGGCUGAUGUAGACUUGAUUGCGUUUGUGUCGCGAAAUUUCGGACGGAUGGAUUCAGCCAGUGUGAUUUGUUGUUUGGUUGCAUUUUUGCUCUAUUAUAACACACUGGAGGCCGGUUUUGUCUACGACGACCGGCGUGCCAUCUUGGGAAACACAGACCUCCUUUCCAAAAACCCAUGGACAGAAAUAUUCCACAAUGAUUUCUGGGGAACGAGACUCAACGAAUCAGGAUCUCACGGAUCCUACAGGCCUCUAUGUGUUCUGACAUACCGUCUGAACUACCUCCUCAACGGUUUUCAACCAUGGGGUUACCACUUGGUGAACAUAGUUCUUCACUGCCUGGCUACCCUCCUACUGAUCAAAGUAUCCCGGAGGCUGCUUCCAAAGUCGAAGCAAGAACUGGGCUCAGCAGUUACAGGCCUAACAUUUGCCGCCCAUCCAAUACACACAGAAGCUGUAGCUAGCGUAGUUGGUAGAGCAGAUCUAGCGGCAUGUAAUCUAUUUUUGUUAGCAUUCCUAGCCUUUUCGAAACAUGUGAAACUGAGAGACAAUAAUAAAGAUAGAGAUAAAGAUAAAGACGAUUAUAAUACAUCGAAGCACGGGCUACAUAAGCAGAUCAACUCCAAAUAUCAGAAGAUCGUUCAUUCCCUUCACAAGAACGUGACCAGCUGCCAUUGGACCAGGAGAUGCAGCAAAGAGAUGAGAACUGAGUCCCAUUGUGUGGUCCAGAAAGUGUACGCUACUGCAGAGAUGGAGGAAUGCGAGCAGUACAGCUCGAAGAGGAUUAAAGUAUGGACGUAUUUGUCCGCUUCUAUUGUAUUGGCAGCAGCGUCUAUGUUGAGCAAGGAAACUGGAAUAACUGUCGUCGGUGUCUGUUUGCUUUAUGAUUAUGUGUACUCCUCCGCAUCGAGUAAGAAAAAGUGGCAAACAGCUCUUCCCCUGGUGAUAUCGACAGUGAUCAUCCUGAUGUUCCGGCUGCAGAACAAACCUCCGAACUUCUCAACAGCCGACAACCCCACAUCGAAAGAACCCAAAUUCCUCACCAGGUUCCUGACAUUCAGCUACCUACCAGUCUUCAACAUCUGGCUUCUCCUGUUCCCUUCGACCCUCAGCUUCGACUGGGGCAUGGACGCCAUACCCAGGUUAUCAUCACUGGCAGAUCCUCGAAGCUUCCUCACCAUCAUGUUCUACGUCAUCCUCAUCGUGACGGUGAAAUACUGCCUCAACAGCAUAGCGUCAAACCACGACCUGGACAAAAGGCAUUACCGGAAGCGGGAUACCCGAAGGACCAAAUCGUGUACAGUGUGUAAUCAUUGCAUGGCCGACUGCCACACGACUUCUUGCCGCACGAACAACAAUAAUAACAGUGUGAACGGCCACUUACCGUGUAUGUGUUUGAGGCAUUUCAGAUCGACGUCAGCGACGACGUCGGACAACAGGAGAAAUUUGAAAACGUCUCACGUGGUGCUGCUAUCGAUCGGGUUUUUGGCUAUGCCCUUCCUGCCGGCCACCAAUCUGUUCUUCUACGUCGGCUUCGUGGUGGCGGAACGCGUGCUUUACAUCCCGAGCAUCGGUUGGUGUUUAUUGCUCGGCCUGGCGUUCUCCUCCGUGUGGAAUAACACGAGAUACCGGCCGUCGCUCGUCGUGUGUCUCGUGACGGUGCUGGUGGCGUUCGGAGUCAAAACCGUGCUCAGGAACGGGGUCUGGUUCAACGAGGAGUCCCUGUAUCGAUCGGCGGUGCCGGUGAACCCUCCGAAAGCAUAUGGAAACCUUGGGAGUAUAUUGAGUAGCCAAGGAAGGACAUAUGAAGCAGAAGUAGCAUUCAGAAAAGCUUUGGAAUACAGGCCUAACAUGGCGGAUGUCCAUUACAACCUAGGCAUAAUACUCCAAGGAAGUAAGAGAUUAGAAGAAGCCAUAGAAAGUUAUAAACGUGCCAUUCACUUCAGACCAACUCUAGCAUUGGCUUAUGUAAAUUUGGGCACGGCACUGAUUGCAAUUGGAAGGUGCGAAGAGGCAAUUUCUAUCCUGAAACAAGGCUCUAAAUUAGAUGGAACUGGUUUGAAGGACCAGAAAGAACAUGAUAGUGCUAGAGUAUCUGCGCUUCUGCAACUUGGAGCUCUAUAUUCAGACCAAGGCAGACUUCAAAAAGCGUUGGUGACAUAUAGAGAGGCUGUGUAUUCCUUGCCUAACCACUAUCCACCACAAAGUGUAUUCAAUGUUCUCGGAGAGACACUGGCCAGGCUCCAGCAGGAUGAGGAGGCUGAGAGUUGGUACAGAGCAGCACUAAACGCGCAACCUGAUCACGUGCCCGCGCAUAUCACCUAUGGAAAACUUCUGGCCAAAAAUGUCAGUCGUCUCAGUGAAGCAGAACAAUGGUUUAGAAGGGCUCAGAAACUCGCUCCUGGGGAUCCUAGUGUAUAUCAUUACUAUGGUGAAUUCCUAGCUUCCACAAAGCGAUACAAAGAAGCGGCUGUGCAUUAUGAAAGAGCUGCACAGCUUAGACCGAUUGAUUUCGAACUGGCUGUGGCAGCAGCAACAGCUAUGAGGCAGGCAGAACGAUACGAAGAAGCUGAAAUGUGGUAUAGAAGAGCAGUUGAAAUCAAACCGAUGGAUGCCCGCAGCUACACAAACCUUGGUGCCAUUCUCCAUUUGAACAGGAAGUACGCAGAAGCUGCUUCGAGCUACAGGCACGCUCUCAAACUACAACCUAACGAUGCCACAACCAUCACGAAUCUUCACAAACUUCACGCUAUCACAUCGACCUGACAUUGACCGUAGGACGAUGCACAGGCGUACCAAGGAUCGACUGAAAAUUGUUACCAAAAUCAUGACUGAAAAGUGAGAUGAUUUCAUGUUACGAAAACAGAUUAACUUCAAAUGGGGCCACGAAGGAUGAAACUCAACUCUGAAUGUUGGGUCAGGUUAUUUUACCUAACCACAAUUCAGAAAAACAAAUAUUUGUAUGGGGUAUAGACCAUAUGAGGGAGAUGAGGCGGGGAACUUCAAUCUCUUUUUCAGUUAGACCGUUAGCUCAUUAAAUGUCAUUCCUUCAACUUUACUGCAAUAAAAAAAAACAUUUUUCCCAUUUCUUGGAGCGUUCUACUCUUCAAGGAAAGACCUAUGGGCUUUUGUCAACAUGAAUCACCCCUUCAAUUUUGAACAAAGAUUAACCAUCUAAAGACUUCAUACUCUCGAAGACCUUUCGGCAUCUUAUAGAUGUCUCUGUUAGUUUGUACAGAUUCAUUUAUAUUCAACUUAAGUAAACCUUCCUCAAAAAACUAUAAUCAAAAGUCAGUGAUAAAUUUUAGGUUUGCCCUCAAAAAAAUUAAUGAAUAUAUUUUGGUCGGCAAAUUAGAAUGAAGCUUGUUCUAAACCCGUUCCGAAAGAAGUGGCAUAUUAUACCAAAACCUUUGUCAGGCAUAAAACGCUUAACAAUUGACGCACAAAUACCACAUAUGGAAACCUACAACACUGGUUUCAAUUUGUAUUCAAUACAAGGUCAUAUAUAAAAGUGAGUGUAUGUUUCCAUCAAAUAAUAGACACGCACUUGAGAUGAGGAGGUACCUAAUAUUUAAUGUCUCUGCGUGAUUUUUGAGUUGAACUUCCAUGUUCAAAACUCGAGUACGGAUCUCUUUCCAAGACAAUGACUCACCUCACUAAUAUGGUCUAUACUUUAUAGGGAUAGAUUUUGUUCAGAUUUCAACAGGAGGAUUAAAAAUUUAUUCUUCCAUUUCUCUACCACCACUUUAUCCGUUUGUGUCUUCCUCUUAUAAAACGCUAGAAGAAUUAAUAGUUCUGCAUGAAUUGCAAAUAGCAGAAUUCAGGUCAUCAAUCUGAACUGUUUUGCAAAUCCAUUUAGGUCCCAAUUUACGGGAUCGAUAUAGAGGUCUGCCUGUUUAUUGAUGGGACUUAAUCUAUGGGUUGAGUCCCCGGUUUCUGCUAAACCCAUCUAUCGAUAUAUGGUAUUUUGAAACCGCCGACGAUAAUGCGUGAUGUGCCCUCAUCAAGUCUUAAGUGAUGUUGUGGUUUGAAGACAGACAAAGCUGAUAACGUUAACAUGCUCUAAUCAUUGCCAUUCGCCAUUUGGAGGCUGGAUUCCUGCAGCUUUGUUUACCGGGUCCUAAACAAACCUUCGUUAGAUCUUCUGAUAGAAUAAUGCGGUAAUCCUAAUGAGCUAAAUGUACCGAGAAUGUUCAUUUUGGGAAUUUUAUACUUUGAUUUGGUAGUUAUUAGAUUUGAACAAUCGCAGAAGAAGAGUGAAUGUAAAGGUUGCAAGGGGUUUGUUCCUUUCAUUAGAAUGAAAAAUACCAAUGCCAAUAAAGAUCCAGAAAGAGUGCUUUCAGAUCAUGAUAACAAAAAAAAAAUAAAAUCCCAAUGUGAAAAUCUUGUUACGAAUCAAACGUGCUAGUGGAAGAACUCAUCUUAGACAUCAAGACUGGCAAUAAAGACACUGCUCCACAAAAGUAAAGGAAGUUCAGAUAUUUUGAGACUGUUUCAAAAGUUUUCUUUUUUUUUCAAAAUUUUUUCAAAUAUGAAAAAUGGAAAUGUUCACCUACUUAUCUAAAUUAUUUAUUUGUCCAUUAUCUUAAAGUUUUACAGUUUCAGUUGAAAAUGUAUUCUUAAUUUUUGUAGUACCAAAUGAGUUCACUCGAAAAAUUGAAAAAAUUAAGUUCAGUAAAGGGUAUGACCUCCUUGCACAUCAAGCAAAGCUUGACAACGCCAUUGCUUAUUUCCGAUCAGAUUGUUGAUGUAGCCUUGAUCAAUUUCUCUCCAGAGUUGCGAUAGAAGACAUCUGAGUUCUUGAAGCGUAUAAGAAGGUGGUAAGUGAGAAUCUAAAGCCCUUUGUAGCUGAUCCCAAGCGUGUUCAAUGGGACUGAGGUCUGGCGACCGAGGGAGCAAAUGCGGAAUACCAUGGAUUUCCUGAAAAAAGUUAUAAAACGAGGAGCAAAAGUACCAUUCAGAUAUAAGAAAAUAUACUCGUUAUUUCUCAUGAAUGAACAGUUGGUAGACAAUAAUCGACAACUCUUGAAACGGUCACAACAUUUAUAACUUCUUCAAUUUGGUGGAGAAGUAUAUGUUAAUUAAAAUUCAUUUUUGUCUCUUCUUCUCUAUAGGAAACGUUCUAUGAUCUAUGAAUUUGAUUUCAAUCUCAAAAUAAAUACUCAUACAAAGAAACGAAUCUAACAUCACAACGAAAAUCGGCCUAUCUAGAAAUCUUGACUUUUGCAACUGCAAGACUGGGAAAUAUGUUGAACAAAGUGAAUUCCUCCUUUCUUAUUCUCCUGUUGCAACUGAACAAACUAUCCAACAGAAUACGUGGCGUUCAUAUGAUCAACUUCGAUAAUGACAAUAUUAUGUUAACUGAUAAUCGUUAAGUGGAUCAGAUGUUGAACUUGGAUUAGAUAGAUAAAUCAAAUUAAUCCAAAUUUGUAAGGAAUUGUAAAAUAUUGUAAAUAACCCUGAAGAGAUUUGUUCUGUUGAAUAUCUGAAAUCAAAUAAUGUUUUUAUUAUAUUAUUGAAGUGCUCCACCGGUAAUGUUAUCUAGAAAUAGCCUACGGAGUAUCAACACAUCGUUGAUAAUAAUGUAGGUAAUGCUUAACCUAACUUAUGUGUAAAGCCUUUCGUUUCCUCAUUGUUUCUCUUUGUUCCAUUUGAAAGUUUUUCGCUAAUUUUAAUCAUUCCACAAAAAUUCCAUUCUGAAGCAUUCCUUGUAUGUCGAAAACUCCCAGCCAUAUUUCUCCAAUCAUUUCUGCAGUUGUGCCAACAUUGAACUGGAAGUGAUUUCAUUAUUUUCAAUCCAUUAGAUCGGAAUUAUCAAUCUGUCAUUGAAUUGUUAGAUGGAUUCACAUUGGUUUAGAAAUAUACAACGAAUGUAGCAAUUAUUCCCAUUAUAUUAUUUCCAUUCAAUUCAUUCGCGAAAUAAACAGGAAUACUGGAGAAAUAUCGCAUGGAAUAACGUACAUUCAACUGUUUCCAGUAAUAUACUAAACAUAUUCAAAUGAACAAACUCUAUAACCAUAAGGUGAAUAUGAAUAGGUGUAGAUAAGAACAAGUUGUAUAUUUGAAGAGAAGUGAUAAUGUAUAUAAGAAUGUGAUGAAUAUUUAUUUAUAUACGGCUAAUUGAUUAUCUACAUAUCUUUGAAUUGUUUUUUAUUAUAAUAGAUGUUUAAAUACAUUUUUGAAUUAUGUGAGGCUUCUAAGAAUUCCAGGUAUCAAAACUAUUAAUGUACCUACCUACCUUCAAUCUGGCUUCUACUGAUCUGUAAGAUGUAAUGAUGAUCUAUUAUGUAUUAAUGAAAUUGUGAAUAAAAGCUUGAGACUAUUUUAUGUAAA